GUGAGCCAAACCUGGGUCACAGGCUCCCACGAAACGCAUGAAAUCUCGGCUACGUUUGAGAGCGGGACACACACCGGCAUACUCCCUAACAUGAGGAGGAGUGUUGGCUGUAACCCUGCCCAGACCGGAGGCUCCUGGUAGGGAUGGUGCCGCUGUGAAGAGCCGGUGUGCCGCGUCGGUGGACAAGCCUGUGUGGUCGGGGGUAAACGGGAGGAGAGGACGUGCCCGGACAACAUGACUGUUUUCAACCAGGAAAAUGUUGAGGAAUUUUAUGAAAUUGGAGACGAGCUGGGGAGCGGUCAGUUCGCUGUGGUCAGAAGAUGUCGGCAAAGGAGCACAGGUGUGGAGUAUGCCGCCAAAUUCAUCAAGAAGCGGCGCAGCAAAUCGAGUCGACGAGGGGUGACGAGGGAGGACAUAGAGCGCGAAGUGAACAUCCUGAAGGAGAUCCAGCACCCGAACAUCAUCACGCUGCACGAAGUCUUCGAGAACAAGGCGGAGGUCAUCCUGAUCCUGGAGCUAGUGGCUGGCGGUGAGCUCUUCGACUUCCUGGCAGAGAAGGAGUCGCUGAGCGAGGAAGAAGCCACUCAGUUCCUCAAGCAGAUCCUGGAUGGAGUCUUCUACCUGCACUGCAAACAAAUCGCUCACUUUGACCUUAAGCCGGAGAACAUCAUGCUGCUGAACCGCUCUGUGCCUCACCCGCGCAUCAAGAUCAUUGACUUCGGCCUGGCCCACAAGAUCGAUUUUGGCAAUGAUUUUAAAAACAUUUUUGGAACUCCAGAAUUUGUAGCUCCAGAAGUAGUCAACUAUGAACCUUUGGGCCUGGAGGCAGACAUGUGGAGCGUCGGUGUGAUAACCUACAUCCUUUUGAGCGGUGCGUCGCCUUUCCUGGGCGAAAACAAGCAGGAGACGCUGGCCAACGUGUCGGCCGUCGACUACACGUUUGACGAGGACUUCUUCAGCAACACCAGCAUCCUGGCCAAAGACUUCAUAGCGAAGCUCCUUGUCAAAGACCCCAAAAAGAGAAUGACGAUUCAGGACAGCCUCCAGCACCCCUGGAUCAAGCCAAAAGACACUCAACAAGCGCUGAGCAGGAAGGAGUCGGCUGUCAACAUGGAAAAGUUCAAGAAGUUUGCAGCUCGAAGAAAAUGGAAACAAUCCGUCCGACUUAUCUCCUUAUGCAACCGCCUGUCCCGCUCCUUCCUGUCCAGGAGCAACAUGAGCGUGGCACGCAGUGAUGACACUCUGGAUGAGGAAGACUCCUUCGUGAUGAAGGCCAUCAUCCAUGCCAUAAACGACGACAACGUGCCCGGCCUGCAGCAUCUGCUCGGCUCCUUGAACAGUUACGACAUCAACCAGCCCAACAAGCACGGGACUCCGCCCCUCCUGAUCGCAGCCGGCUGUGGCAACAUUCAGAUCAUCGAGGUGCUGAUGAGGAAAGGUGCAGAGAUCAAAGCCCACGACAAGAGUGGAGCCAAUGCCAUCUACUACGCAGCGAGACAUGGCCAUGUCGAGACCCUGAGAUUCCUCCAUGAAAAGAAAUGCCCUCUGGAUGUCCAAGAUAAGUCUGGAGAGACAGCUCUUCAUGUGGCGGCUCGCUAUGGCAACGUGGACGUGGUGAGCUACCUGUGCAGCAUCCGGGCCAACCCAGACCUGUCUGACAGGGAGCAGGAGACCCCGCUGCAUUGCGCUGCCUGGCAUGGAUACUCGGCAGUAGCCCGGGCACUCUGCCAGACAGGCUGCCAUGUGGACGCGAAGAACCGCGAGGGCGAGAGUCCGCUGCUGACAGCAUCUGCUCGGGGCUUUGUGGACAUCGUGGAGUGCCUGGUGGAACACAAGGCCGAUAUGGAAGCGACUGACAAGGACGGCCACACAGCCUUGCACCUGGCCGUACGGAGGUGUCAGGUUGAAGUGGUCCGCUGCCUCCUCAGACACCACUGCCACCUGGACCAGCAGGAUCGCCAUGGCAACACGCCGCUGCACAUCGCGUGUAAGGACGGAAACCUGCCCAUCGUCAUGGCGAUCUGCAGCGCAAAGGCCAGCCUCGACCUCCCCAACAAGUAUGGCAGAACUCCCCUCCACCUGGCUGCUAACAACGGGAGCCUCGAGGUGGUUCGUCACCUCUGCCUGGCCGGAGCCAACAUCGACGCCGUCACCAACGAUGGAAAGACAGCGGAGGAUUUGGCUUCUACUGAUCAACACGAACACAUUGUUUCUUUGCUGGGUAAGCUUAAAAAGGACAACCACAAACUGAGCUACAUCCAGCAGCUGCGGCCCACUCAGACCCUGCAGCCCAGGAUCAAGCUGAAGCUGUUUGGACACUCUGGAGCUGGGAAGAGCACCCUGCUGGAGUCCCUGAAAUGUGGCAUCCUGCGCAGCUUCUUCAGGAGGAGGAGGACACGCAUGACCAACACGGCCCGACACCCCAACUCCCCCAUCAACUCCAAACCUUCCGUGUCAGUGAGUAUUUCCAACUUGUACCCAGGCUGUGAGAACGUGAGCGUGCGGAGUCGCAGCAUGAUGUUUGAACCCAGCCUCACCAAAGGCGUCCUGGAGGUCUUCUCCCCCGUCCACAACGCUCUGUCCGCAGCUGACGACCAGGCCACAAAGGCCAUUGACAUCCAGCACGCCAGCAUCCACGGUGUGGGGGAUUUCAGCGUGUGGGAGUUUUCGGGGAACCCGGUCUAUUAUUGCUCCUACGACUACUUUGCAGCCAACGACGUCACGGCGAUCCAUCUGGUGCUGUUCAGCCUGGAGGAGCCGUACGAGACCCAGCUGGGCCACAUCACCUACUGGCUGAACCUGCUGAAAGCCCUCACCCUGCCCCAGGACAACAUCGCUUUCGGAGGUCGGAUCCAGCAGCCUCUCAUGGUCGUCCUGGUGGCGACUCACGCUGACCUCGCUGACGUCCCCCGAGCUUUCUCUGGAGAGUUCAGCUAUGACAAGGAGAGCGCUCUUCUCAAGGAAGUCAGGAACAGGUUCGGGAACGACCUGCAGGUCAGUGACAAACUGUUUGUGGUGGACGCUGGAGCCUCAAACUCCAAAGACAUGAAGCUGCUGAGGAGUCACCUGCAGGAACUUCGCACCAACAUCAUCUCUAGGUGUAGUCCCAUGAUGCUGUUGUCGGAGCGUUUGCUGACCACGCUGCCGACCUGGAGGAAGCUGAGCGGACCCAACCAGCUAACGUCAUGGCAGCAGUUUGUCAGCGACGUCCAGGAGCACAUCAACCCUCUGGUCAGCCAGGAUCACCUGCGCACACUGGCCCUGCAGCUUCACAGCAUGGGGGAGAUCAACAUCAUGCAGAGCGAGACGGUGCAGGAUGUUGUUCUGCUGGAGCCUCGCUGGCUCUGCAGCAACGUCCUCGGCAAGCUGCUCUCCGUGGAGACGCCCAAGGCCAUCCACCACUACAGGGGGCGCUACAGGCUGGAGGAGGUGCAGGCUCUGGCUCCGGAGAGCGACGUGGACGAGCUGCUGCAGAUUCUAGAUGCCAUGGACGUCUGCGCCCGCGACGCCACCAACCCCUCCAUGGUGGACGUUCCAGCCCUCAUCAAGACAAACGGCCUCCACCGCUCCUGGACCGAAGAGGAGGAGGAGGAGUCGCUGAUCUACGGCGGGGUACGACUUGUCCCUGCCGAGCACCUUACUCCCUUCCCCUGUGGCCUGUUUCACAAACUGCAGGUGAACCUGUGUCGCUGGAGCCACCAGCAGAAGCCAGAGGAGGAGGGCGGGGAGGAUAUCGACGGAGAUAUCCACCUGUGGACCAACGGAGCCAAGGUGAGCCAGGGCGCAGUGGAGGCCAUGAUCCUGCUGGUCAACCACGGCCAGGGGGUGGAGAUUCAGGUGCGUGGACACGACUCAGAGCGGGCCAAGUGCUACACCCUGUUGGACACCAUCUGCAGUAUAACGGAGAACCUACUGGCCUCCACGCUCCCCGGACUGCUCACAGCCAAAUACUACCUGAGUCCUCAGCAGCUGCGGGAACACCACGCCCCCAUCAUGAUCUACCAACCCAAAGAUUUCUUCCGCGCCCAAGUCCAGCGGGAAACUUCCCUCACCAACACCAUGGGUGGCUACCGGGAGAGCUUCAGCAGCAUCCUGUCUUUUGGCUGCGCUGAAGUUUACCAGCAGGGGAUUCUGGGAACAGACAUCCACUUAUCGGACGUCCCCUUGUUGGCUCGCAGGAAGCUCUGCCGCAUGUUGGACCCCCCUGACGCUCUGGGGAAAGACUGGUGCCUGCUGGCCAUGAACCUCGGCCUCACGGACUUGGUGGCCAAACACAGCAACGGGACUCCGAACGGCGCCUCUGAGCUGGACUCAGACCCAGACUCCCAGCAGGCCGUGCUGCAGCCCAGCCCGACGGCAGCGCUGCUGCAGGAGUGGAGCGGGCGAGCAAACGGCACGGUCGGCGUGCUGAUGGCCAAACUGAGGGAGCUCGGCCGUCGAGACGCCGCCGACUUCCUGCUCAAAGCUUCUCCUGUUUUCAGGGUCAACAUGGAGGCAGUGGGAGGGGCCGCCAACGGCUACCCGCCCACCUGCAACGGAGGAACAUCGUACAACUCCAUCAGCUCGGUCAUAUCCCGCUGAACCGAACACGGUCGACUUUCUGUCCUCGCCAGACGUCAGACAGUCGGUCUGAUGGGACAUUUCCCCUGAACAGGGCCGCGACAGACUCGUGUGCGAAUGAACAAGUGCAAUCGUUACCAGAGAGUCCAGCUGCUCGCUCUUCAAUCACUCCAUUAAGUCGGCGUAUGAGCCAGAUGUUGUGUUUGUGCUCUCACCUGUACAGCUGACCUUUCCUUCCACUAUGAAUGUUGUGAAAGAACUAAACGUCCUGAGCUCCAAAGAGGAAUCCUGUGCUUAUAUUCUGUUCUUAAUCUUGUUGUGCUGCUUUUCUAAUAUUCCCUCCUGCUCUACUGUACACGCAAGUCUCACUCCGCUCACAGAUAACAGUCAGAAAGUUGAACUCUCGACACGGAGGAACGGACGUGGUUCAAAAAGAAGGCAGCCUCAUGUUUGGACCUUUUUUCAUAUCCAUCCUUCAGUAAAAACUGAGGACUUUAUUGUAUCAGUGUACAUGAGGAGGCUGUCGUCUUUACUCACUCCAUCCAUCACAACAUACAGUGAAAUCUCCCCCCUCGCUUCUGUUUUACUGGUGUAACAUUUGGCCGUUCAGCGUAGUAUUUAAUAAAUUAACAGCAUUUUUCAGAGUGCCUUUGUGGCCUUCUACCUCCCUAAAGAGCACAAAUAGUCUUGUUAUAAAAACAAAGUAGUUCUUUCUAACAUUUGAAGAACUGUGCCUUGUUGACACGAAUAGUAAAAAUUUCUAUCAAGCAGAAAGAAAAAGAUUAUUAAAGAAAGAACACGAAAAAGAAAAAUGAAAGCUUGGCUCAUUUUACAAAGUUUUGAAAUUUGAAUUUCACUGGCAAAAAAAAACAAAACAAAAAACAAACACACGACUGAAAUCAGAUCGUUAGAUUUUCUGCUGUUUGUUUAAUGUUUGGGAGUCGGUCAGGAGAUGAAUGAGACGUGAUAUUAAAUCAGUGUGGAGUCUGUGUGACGCUCUGUGGAAGCCGUGGGCUCAAAGGGAAACUACUUCAUUCAUUUUUAAUCGGUGUAUUUGUGGGUUUUUUACCGCUGACCUUCUCGUAGUAUUAUCCCUCAUUCAUCCAUCUAACAACACCAAUGAUUUGUUGAUUGAUUUGGUGACGCUUUAUUUUACAGGUUUGUUACUUCCUGAUACUUUCUUUUUCCUGAACUGUGUAAUUACUGGAGAAAUAGUCCCAAAGUGUCUAUUUGACCUGUGAUUAUUAGAUAAACUGGAAGUUACAGACUGGUGAAAUAAAGCAUUACCAUGACUUUUUUGGUGAUUCUUCGUUUUAUAUGUCCCAGAGUUUCUCCAUAAUCUCCAGGGAGUUUUCCCAUAAAGAACAAUGUAAUUUGGUACUAAUUCAGAUAAUUGUCUCAGACUUUUCUCUUGUUAGUGUUUCGACUUGGACUUUUCUCAGUCUCAAGCGACGGUCUCGCUCAUCACAGUCUUUGUUCGCACACUUUUCCCACCUUGUUGCUCUUUGCAGUAGAGAUGCGUCAUUUACAAGAGCAGGUGAUGUUUAAUUUCUAUAGUGUGUCUUUGCCAUUUAACAGGCGAGCGUCAUCAUUUUGAACAUGCAGUUCAUGAGUGGACAGAUGUCGAACUCUUUUUUUAGGCAAAUAGAAGUUUGUUGUCACUGUCACAUUUCAAACUUUUCUAAACUGAGGAAUAGUGGUGAGUUAAAUUACCAUUGACUGUCACAAUGAACAGUAAGAAUAAUUCAAUUUUUCUGUCUUUUGUUCUCUCAGUAUUGACUGAAGUUGUCCUGUUGUGAUGUCACAAAGUUACAGAAGUCCUGACGGCUGGUUUUAAGGCUCGGUUUCUGAAUACAGGCUGUGUGCAUU